GUCUACAGCAUUUGCUUGUUGAGCCUAUUACCCUCCGGUGGUUGACAAUUGAUUGAUUUCCACCGUGUAAUGGUGUUCCCGAGAAGCGAACACCCUCCUCAACGAUACGUGGAAGUGGACGAUCGAACUAUGGCUUUCACUAGUCCUAAUAAACGCCGGGCAUCUGAUACUACAUGGAAUAUGCCUUCGCUUGACCCUCCCCCUAAGAGGUUGCGUUCUUCCACAAAUCUUGGCAAAGACUAUCGCAUCUAUCAUCCCCAGGCAGGCCAAUAUUGUGAGGCCAAGGGACAGUGCUUACCUCCGGUGGGCCAUGAUGAACUGCGAGGAUCUCAAGAGCAGCAGCAGCAGCAGAAGAUGCUGCCCAAGCUAUCAUUCCAACAGUAUCGGAUGAGAGAACAGCUUCGAGCCUAUAUGGAGGAGGAGAUCCAACGUAUGCGCUGCGACCAGAAGCAUCGGUCUUGUGGGUAUAACUAUGAAGCCUGCCCGAAGGAUCCUGCGGGUGGUGCAUAGUUGGAUCGCUUAAUCAAUUAAUGCAAGCUAAUGAUGACUACUCGUUGGAGGGCCCGAUGUGGAGUCUCCUAUGAGACGGUAACUAUGGAGGUCUCUAUGGCUCACGUGUUAUCCUGUACAGUUAUGCUUGAACUAUCAUUGCUGCGUAAACCACAUGGUAUUGCGCUCAUACGUACAUCGUUAGUUAUUAAGUGAGAAAGGUAGCUACAGACACUUCAUGACCUCAAGCACAUACCCAUUGGGUUCAACUCUGGAGUGUUGACACUACUACUAUUAUAAGGGAUGCAAGACACAUUUCGCCUU